CUUCGAACCGCUCCAGCUUCGAGCAAAUCGGCCGCUUUUAGAAACCUAUAAAAGGUCCGGCUUGGGGAAAGCAAUUAGGGCUCGAUUUCCUCAUCGCUUCGAACCCGAAGCUCCCAACGCCGUUGCCUCGAAAGGAGACGUCUCCUCUCCGACCGCCGGCAGCCAUCGACGAGCCACGUCCAUCCCUCUCUCUUCUUCUUUUCUCCCUUUCUCUCUUCCCGUCCCUCUAACCCUCUUCCUCCUCCUCAUAUCUUCAGUGCUAGAGAGGUUUUGAGAGGUCUCGGGAUAUCUAAAGAUUUACAGGAAUGUUUUCUUUGCUAGGUUGGUGGGAGAACAUGCUUCUAAAUAAACGUGUGACUUCUGGAAGCCCAGCCAUGAAACCAGGGCCUUGCGGUAUAAAGCGUAAUCCUUCGUUGGCAUAUGCCUCUCCUGUUCGUGCUUCUGCAGCACUUCCAAAAUUCAGAAGUCUAUCUACAGCUUAUCAAGAAAGAAAGCCCGUGUCCUUAAGAGGAGGCUCCACUCUACACCUUUCUCGGGCAUCAACUUCCUUUCUAAGAGGAGACUGUGGGUGCAUUACACAAAUAAUGCCUUUGUUGGACAAGCACAGCAAGGUGUUGCCUAGAAGCUCAGUGGUCUCUAAAGCAUCUAAGAGUUUCUUUAGCUAUCCACAAAUGAUCACUAAGCCCAAAUGGUGGUGGAGGACCUUAGCUUGUAUUCCGUAUCUCCUGCCUCUCCACUAUGUAUGGUUUCAUGCUUGUACGACGUACCAACUACACCACUUCCUUGAAGACUUUGACUUCCUAACAAACCCCUUCCUUGAUACCAUAGCGCUAUUGCCCAACUGGUUCAUGAUGGUGGUUCUGUAUGUGGCUUAUCUUGGUGUGGUGAAGAGGAAGGAGUGGCCACAUUUCAUGCGGUAUCAUGUUACGAUGGCAAUGCUCUUUGAUACAGUCCUUCAGGUCAUGGCUAUUGCAUGUGGUUGGAUGCCAAAUGCGAUAUUCCGUGGUAAGCUGGCAAUCUAUUUCUGGGUUGCUGUUGCAUUUGUACAGCUGUAUGUGGUGCUUGAAUCUAUGUGGUGCGCACUUGCAGGCCAGUAUGCGGAUAUCCCAUUUAUGUCUGAUGCAGCGUAUUUUCAUACGGAUUUGCUUUUAUUUGGAUUAUAGGCAGUUUCUUCCUCCUAUUUUCUUUCUUGUACCCAGAUAGUAAUAGAAUAUUGUUAUCAGGGAAAAAAAGGGUAAUGAUACAGUGAGAGUUGAGUAUCAGAAGCAAUUAGGAUUGAACGAGCUCUACAAGGCGUGUUUCCAACUGUAAGCCUUAUUGGGUCCAAAAAAAUUGAUAGGAACAUCUUGUUGUUGUGCUUAUUUGCUUAUCCAUAUAUUGAGCAACUUGAAUAAUUGAAUGAAUGUAUUUGUUGCAUUAAAUUCUUGCACUA